AUGAUCCUGUCACUGAUACUCCAGCUGUCGACUCUCUGUGAGCUGUCCCUCCCCUGGCCUGUGUGUCGUGCCGACUUCACAUCAAACGCACCCCUAGCCUCAUACCCCGAGCCACGGCUGAGGGCUCAUCCUGCUGCAGUUGUGACUCCUGGAAUCAACGUAACCUUGAUUUGUCAUGCACCCCAACCUGCCUGGCGGUUUGCACUCUUCAAAACUGGCCUUGUCACCCCUCUACUCCUCCGGGAUGUGUCCAUUGAGCUGGCUGAGUUCUUCCUGGAAGAGGUGACUCCGGCCCAGGAGGGCAGCUAUCACUGCCGCUACCGCAAGACAGACUGGAGGCCGGGUGUCUGGUCUCAACCCAGUAAUGUUCUGGAACUGCUGGUAACAGAUCAGCUACCCAGACCAUCACUGGUGGCAAUGCCUGGGCCUGUUGUGGCCUCAGGAACCAAUGUAAGUCUGCGCUGUGCAGGCCGCAUACCAGGCAUGAGCUUUGCGCUGUACCGCGUGGGCGUGGCAACCCCUUUGCAAUACAUCGACUCUGCGCAGCCCUGGGCCGACUUCCUUCUGAUCGGCCCGCAAGCACCUGGCACCUACUGUUGCUACUACCACACACCCUCCGCCCCCUAUGUGCUAUCACAGCGCAGCCAGCCACUGGUCAUCAGUUAUGAAGGUUCUGGCUCCUUGGAUUAUACCCAGGGAAACCUCAUCCGUUUGGGGCUGGCAGGACUGGUCCUCAUCUGCUUGGGCACCAUAGUUACUUUCGAUUGGUACAGCAGGAGCUCUGCUUUUGGUGGUUCCCCGCCCCAGCAAAACUGGGUAUAG